ACCCUCGGUUCCCAAUCCCUCGAUUCGUUCCCCAUUCCCCCACCGCACCGACAUUCCCACGGCGUCUCGGCAAGCCGCCAGCCAUGGAGGCGGCGGCCUCAGCUGCUGUGGCGGCUGCCAAGGAGGCGGCGCUGGCUGCUGCUGCGGCGGCAUCGGCUGCUUCCAACGAGGCGGCGGCGGCGGCUGCGACUGCGAUGGAAGCAGCGGCGACUGCGAAGGAGGCGGCGGCGAAGGCUGCGGCUGCGGCGUUAAAGGCGAAGGAGGCAGCGGCUGUGGCGACAGCUGCAGGGAAGGCGGCGGUCUCUGUCGCUGCUGCGACGGCGGCAAUGCAAGCUUCCAAGAAGCGUAAGUUUCAUCUUGUCGACGACCAAGAUCCACGGGGGAGCGGCAACUGCGAUGUUGUUGGUGCGGGGAGCGUCGUUCGCACUGGUGAUAUUGAUGGGGGGAGCGUCAAUCUCAGCAAUGAUGAUGAUGCGGGGAGCGUCGACCGCACUGGUGAUAUUGAUGGGGGGAGCGUCGAUCUCACUGGUGAUAGUGAUGGGGGCAGCGUCGAUCUCACUGCUGAAGUUGAUGCGGGGAGCGCUGAUCUCAUCGGUGGUGUUGAUGGGGGGAGCGCUGAUCUCAUCAGCCGCCUCCCCGACACCGUCCUUGACAGCAUCGUGUCUCUUCUCCCCACCAAGGAAGGUGCCCGCACGCAGGUCAUCUCCCGCCGGUGGCGUCCGCUCUGGCGAUCCGCUCCUCUGAACCUCGAGGUGGACUGUGGACCCAAUAAAAGGGACUUGAUUGCAAAGAUCCUCUCUCAGCAUCCUGGCCCCACACGACGCUUCUCUGUCUGCAUCAGCAUCGAUAGGAACAACGACAGGAUCAAUGGCUGGCUUAGUUCCCAAGCCCUGGACAACCUACAGGAGUUCGAGAUCACCUACAUCAGGAAUAAUUUUUGGUACAGCAACGUGGAGAAGUUGGGCCUGCUGCCAUUGUCUGUGUUCCGCUUUUCGCCCACUCUCCGCGUGGCCAAAUUCCACGACACCCGUUUCCCCCACAUGAUUAUGCAGCGGCUAUCCCUGAAGCUUCGGUGCCUCAAGCAGCUGCCCUGGAAAGGGUCACCAUCUCGGAGGUCGUUCUCCAGAGCAUGCUCUCUGGCUGCCCUGCCUUGGAAAGCCUUGAGCUGAAGGAAAACUGGGGCAUUAGUCGCCUCUGCAUCAGCUCCCAAACUCUUAAGAGUCUAGGCUUUUGCGCUGACAAGAGGAUUGGAGGUAUCAUUUUGCAAGAGCUAGUCAUCGAGGACGCCCCGUGCCUUGAGAGAUUGCUACAACUUGAUGCAAAGGGCGGCAGAGCGAGCAUACGGAUAAUCUGCGCACCUAAACUGAAGAUAUUGGGUAUGCUGUCUGAAGGCAUACCUGAACUCCACCUUGGAAGUACAUUUUUUCAGAAAAUGGUUGCUGUCAGUUUGACAGCCAAAAUGCACACCAUGAGCAUUUUGGUUCUUGGCUCUGCUGGUGCUAAUCUGGAUUCAGUGGUUAACUUCCUCAAGUGCAUGCUUCCCCUGCUUGGAGAGGCUUUAUGUCAUUUUCCAGCCACUCAU